AUGAAGCUCGUCAAUGAAGUCAAGGGUCUUCUUGAUGAUUUUGUUCACAGCUUCGACCUAGCCAUUGGAUUGAUGAUGGGCUGGGGAGGCGAAGCAAAGACGUAUCUUGAGGUUGGAACAAAAUUGCUUGAACUUUACAUUGUCAAAUUGUCGGCCGUUGUCUGUGACAAUGGUUUGGAGGAUGCCGAAAAGAUAUACAACAUUUUGUCAUACAAACGUUUCGAUGCGAGCUACAGUGAUGGUGGCUAA